CCUAGCUACUCCUCUAACUUCUCCAUCCAUCCACACAUAUAUACAUACACACACACACACACACACGUAUUCAUACCGCAGAGCAAAAUUCUUGUGUUCUGUGUGUGUGUGUGUGUGAAAUAAAGUCCUACAACAAAGACACAGAAAAGGGUACUACUGGGAGAUCUGAUGGAACUUGGAGGAAAUGGAGGCUUCACUGGGUACCGCAGGUUCCCCCAACCAAACUCCGGGAUGAUGAGAGCAGCAGAGAUAAGCAUGGGACUGCCAUCUAAAACAAACCAUACUACUCCGCCAUCGUCCUCGUCCUCGUCCCCUGCCGCCGCUGCUGAUCAUAUGAUGAUGGACGGUGAAUGCACGGUCCGGGAGCAAGACAGGUUCAUGCCAAUUGCUAACGUGAUCAGAAUCAUGCGAAAGAUCCUUCCCCCACAUGCUAAGAUCUCCGAUGAUGCCAAGGAAACUAUCCAGGAAUGCGUAUCGGAGUACAUUAGCUUCAUCACCGGAGAAGCCAAUGAGCGUUGCCAGCGCGAGCAGCGAAAGACUAUCACUGCUGAGGACGUGCUUUGGGCCAUGAGUAAGCUUGGCUUCGAUGACUACAUUGAGCCUCUAACCCUAUAUCUCCACCGCUUUCGCGAGUUCGACGGCGGUGAGCGUGGUGGCUCUCUAAGGGCCGCUCAUCAUGAUCUUGCAGUGGGGAAGAGGGCAAAUAUUGAUCAUCUAGCUGCAGCUGCUGGCUUAGGAUUAGGAGGCGGAGGCUUUGCAACCUAUCCCCCACCUCAUUUUCACUUGCCUCAUCACCCUCCUUUCGUCGCUGCUGGCUUCUUCACCACCGCUGCUGUUCCAAUUCACAUGAACGGGUUUCUCAAAGAUCCAUCCUCAACUGGAGGGGGCCAAGCAACUUCUUCCCAGGCUGCUGCUGUGGCGGCUAGUGAUGGUGGUCAUCAAGAACAAGCAUUUGACAACUGCGAGGAGUAAUACUGAUAAUGCAGGUAAUUAAUAAUUGAUCAGCGGCUGGCUGCAUGGGGUGGUGAUAAUUAUUUCGGAUCUUGUUGCGUAUGUGGUGGUAUCUAUCAAUUGACAUUUAAUUUGUUGUUCUACUUUGUGUUAUUAAUCUAUCUAUCUAGUUCGAUGCAGGCGCUGUCA